CUAGUCUUUGGUCGAUGGAAGCCAUCGCUUACGAAAGAGGUGUGCCUGACAGCAGAUGCCAUCCCUCAGCAACUUGGAUCCAUCCCUCCAUCAAAGGGUGACUCGCUGACUGACUCUUUUAGCCAGCUUGCUGACUGACUGACUGGUUUGCUGACUGGCUUAAAGCGGGAAUGUCAGACAGGGAGAACCAGUCCUGUCUAUCGGCAGCAGAAGAUUCACUUUCCUUCCUGGUGUGUGUAUUCCAUGCAUUGAAGAAAUGGCUGGGCCUGGGUCAGGUGGAAGACUACUUAAGUGUUUUGGAGUACCUGGUGUGGGUCUUUACUCCUCUGGCGAUUGUCUUCAUCGUGCCCUUUCUCAUUGUGAUCCUCCUCUACCUCUCCAUACUCUUCCUUCACCUGUACAAGAGGAAAAAUCAGCUGAGGGAGGCCUACUGCAACAAUCUUUGGGAUGGAGCAAGGAAGACUCUGGCAACUCUCUGGGAUGGACAUGGAGCCAUAUGGCAUGGCUAUGAAAUCCAUGGUAUGGAGAAGAUCCCUGACAAAGGAGCAGCAUUGAUAGUGUACUACCAUGGCGCUAUCCCCAUUGACUACUACUAUUUCCUGGCAAAUGUUAUCAUCCAGAAGGGACGCACCUGCCACUCUGUAGCCGACCAUUUUCUCUUCAAGAUCCCAGGUUUUAAACUGCUGCUAGAGGUGUUUAGUGUAAUCCAUGGGCCCCAGGAAGAGUGUGUACGGGCCCUGAAGAGUGGCCAUCUGUUGGGCAUCUCACCAGGAGGGGUCCGGGAAGCCCUGUUCAGUGAUGAGACCUAUCCUCUACUUUGGGGCAAACGAAAAGGCUUUGCACAGGUGGCCAUCGACUCACAAGUGCCAAUAAUUCCAAUGUUUACUCAGAAUGUCCGCGAGGGCUUCCGGUCACUGGGAACACUCAAGUUCUUUCGUUGGGUGUAUGAGAAGUUUCGCCUGCCCGUAGCUCCAGUUUAUGGUGGCUUCCCAGUAAAAUUCCGUACCUACUUGGGUGACCCCAUCCUUUACGAUGCUAAUAUGGAUGCUGCUGAGCUAGCAGAGAAAGUGCAGCAGGCAGUUCAGUCCCUCAUCGACCAACACCAGAAGAUUCCUGGAAGUAUCCUGCGAGCCCUGCUAGAGCGCUUAUACACUAGACACAAAGAUGAGUAACCCUUCUCUGAGGCAGAUCUCCCUCUGUAGAUCCAGGUCGACAUAACCUAUAUUGUUUACUUUGCUAAAAGAGGAAUUCCGUCCAAAUGCAGAAUAACCAAGUCUGGGCUAAAGAGCAAUGGUAGCCCAAGUCAUAGGACAAGUUGUAAUAAUGUCAUGUUACAACACACCCUGAUAUCCCAGUAAUGAGAUGUUGAAGGGAAAAUCACAUACUAGAAGAAAAAUGACCACUGCCGUGGAGCCAACAUGGCUGCCAGUGAACACAUCAGCAGGCAGACUGUCUCCAUAAGGCUCUGGGAAUACUGGCCUCGGACACUUCUCUGGUUCACAGCCUUACAAACUUAAAUAGGAAGUCAAGCACAAUAAAUGAUGUAAGGACGUGCCAGCUGACAUCCUGGACCUCAGUGCUAAAAUACUAUUGGAGGAAGCAGCAGUCAUUAUUUAUUUAUCUUAGUGUAGUGGGACAAGGUUCUGGGAAAUGGUUGUGGCAUCUUUGGUCACAGGAUUACUUGGAUGAGAUUAUUUAUAGCGUGUGUUGACGAUAUAUGGCUAAUAUAUGAUUUAUGUACAAAACAUCUAAAUGUAUAUAACGUUUUGAAUCCUUGUGAUUAAUGUUCUGAAUUUUCUAAUUUUCUGUGAUUUGUGCAGUAUUUAAACAAAGGGGAAAUGAAAUAUCAGCCUUUGGAGCCAGAGAUAUCCAUUUGGUACAUGUUUUUGCUACAGUUCCCUUAUAUUUGAGGAAAAUAAACCUACGUGGUUAAGAUGAGAAACUCACACCAAGAAGAAUGAAAUGUCCACAAAGGACUUCUCUGAUUUUGCAUUAAAUUUAUUUUUAACUUCUUAAAUAUGGACUUUCCCUCAUUUUUGUCACUCUUGGUGAGUCUGUUUCUUCAGUGUUUUUGGAAAAAUAUCUUCCAGUCUUUAACUAAGCAAUAAAAUAACUACAGAGUGCAGCCAGUUACUGCUUAUAAGGUCAGCAACCACAGGUCCAGAGUAACAUCUGUAUCUAGGUUCCAGGUGUGUGAAUGCAUUUUCUCGUUCUCAAACCCGAUACUUACAUUUACCUUAAGACCACAGUUGAAGGGACUCAUGAUUUUAGACAAUCCAAUUCAAUAUGUUUUAACGUCAAGACUUGUCCCUCAACAUGUGAACUACCAGAGAAUCUUCUCAACUGUGACUAAGCAGAUUUUGUAAAGUCAGCUUCUCUGUUUAUACAGACACUCCAGGGCUAUUCUGAUGUCUCCAGGACUUUUGGCUUUUGUUUUCUGGGAGACGUGUUCAUGAGCUUGCAUUGCUCAAUUGCUUCAUUGUUUUAAAGUGUGUCCAACUAAAUUCAGGUAUAAAAGCUAUGUUUCCUGCUCUGCCAACACAAGUGGAAGAUUACGAGCUACACUGGCAGCAUGUCACCAUCAUGCAUCAUUAAAAGUCAUUCUGGAAGGGCACUGAAGUGCUGCAGACCAAGCUUGGGGGAUACCCUCUAUUCCCUGUACAAUGGUCCCUUUGACCACUCCAAGACCAUAACAUGACGAAGGAAUUUGGAUAUGUUGUAUAAACACCCAUCAUCCCAACCACACCAGAAUUAACAGCAAAUGUAGUUGUACGAAGACGUUGCUUUAUAAUGUACAAUAAAGGGAAAUGGGGAUGGUAGGGAUGAGAGAGAUGACGUGCUCACCAACUGUGAGCAAUAUUAAAACCCAAAGUCUUGAGCGAAAUGGAGUACGCACUUUAGCCCAUUCAGUCUCAGGUGCCUUGCCUUUAUGCAUCUUCUUAGAGUAUAUUGAUCAGUUUAGUAAAGUUAGUUAGUUGUGUUAUAUUGAGAGGAAUUCUAGUACACCAUGAGAUAUAACCUGGUGGGGGUCAGGAAACUGCUUUGGCUGUAAAUGACGAGUAAAGAUGGACUCUAACAAGGUAACCAAAUGCAGUAUACUCUCAUGUUAAUAUUUUUGCAUCUCUUCAUUCUAGAUAUUGUUUUAUGUGACUACUGUUUACUUAGUGCAAAAUCUGUUUCUCACUAACUGUGACUUUUGAGGUGAUUUGGACUCAAAUAGUGUGUUUAAUACUGUGUUUAAAAGAACAUCUGCUAUGUUGUAAACUAUUCUUCCAUCAUGCACAUUGUUUGUACAGCUCUUAUAAGUUCAACGCCAAAAGUGUGGUUUGGAAAUGUGGUUGAUGUCAUGUUGUGUGACGGUGUAUAUUUGUAUGUAAGUAUGUAAAUGUUUUUCAACAAAUUGUAUUGUAAGUGAUAGUGUUGGAAAUAUCACUGCCAUUUAGUGCUUAAAGAAGCAUUCAUAUGACCAGUUAAUUGACAGAAUGUUAUUUUGGUUAAAAAAAGGUGAUAUUUAAUUAUUCAUUCUGUGGUUUCCUGUUUUUCUUCCAAUAUAUGUUGUUACUAAUGAGGUGUUUUAAAUAAGUACUGUCCAGUUCAGUAGAUAUACAGUAUCAACUCUUUGCACUUUCAAAAUGUGAGGUCCACUAGCAUCUAUUGUGAUUCAGGUAAGUGUAGUUAAUAAAUAUAUUUUAUUAUGAAUUAUAAUGUUUAGCCUACUUGUUCUCACUGUUCGUAAACAUCAUGUUGCCAACAUUGUACAUGGCUCCUUGCUUUGGUGGUGACUUGAAUUUUUCCAUUUUGUGUUUGCCUUCAUCAAAGAUAUAAUAUAAAUAUAAACCUCGAGUGA